CGUGUGUACACCUUUGUUUUGUUUACAAGGAUGAGGCGAAGUGGAGAUGCUUUGAAUUUGGAUUUGCAUUGUUCCUGGCACAAUUACUAGAUGAUGGUGGAUGUAAUGGUGGAUGAAACAUGAACGCCACAAGUCUCUAUGUGGCCACUUGUCGGCUGGUCAUGACGGCCGAUCCAGAAAAACGUGAGAGUUGGACUGAACUAUACAAGUUGUUGCCUUACCUUCGCCAGUCUCUUUCCUGCACCGUCUGCGGGAAAUUGCUGUGUGAACCGCACACUCCAACAGAAACUACCUGCCAGCACCAUGUCUGUAGAAAGUGUUUGGGUGGGAAGAAGAGGUUGAAACCCGUCUGCAGCUGGUGCAAGGAUUAUACUUUAUACAUAGACAAUGUCCAAGUGAAACUCGUGGUGCAGUGUUAUAGAAAGUUAUGUGAAUAUAUUAAAUUCACACCAAUAUAUUGUAAGUUAUGUUCCAUAUACAGUAAUGGAGGUCAGCUAAGUCUGGUUGACAUAAUAAAUGAAGCAGUUGAGAAUAGCAACAAGUGUGAUGAAACAAAUAAUGUGCAUUGUGAACAUGAGAUUGACAAUAAAGAAAAAAUUCCUGUACCUCAAACAAGUGGUCUGUGCACGUCAACAACGACUGUCAGCAACUCUCAGUCCCCACCUAUCCAGGUGCCACCACCACAAUCCACACCGCCUCCACCACCUCCACCGCCUCCACCACCACCGCCUCCACCACCACCACCACCACCACCGCCGCCGCCACCACCACCACCACCACCACCACCACCACCACGAUUGCCGUUGACGCAGACCUCUUUGCUACAUCCAGUUCCACUGAUAACCACAUCAGUGCAGAAUCUGGCUGUACCGCAGACUUCCUCGCAUCCUGUCACAUCCGUCACAGCUGCAGUUUCCAGUCAGUCACAGUCAUCGUCACUGCUCAGCACAGUGAAGGCAGUGAUACCAUCCUUACCACCUGCAGUUCCAUCAGCUCAUCACUUCCCGCUGCAAACAGUCGCUGCCACAACCACCACCAUCACAACAACCAACAGUGGAGUAUCUGGAAUAGGCUUUGCUCCAGGUACAAUAUUUCCAAGUACAAAUUUAGUUAAGCAAGUUGUUAAAGAAAUAUCUAUUCCUAAACACAAUUCUUCAGUUAACAAUGGGUCCUCCAUAUAUUCUGUAAUGUAUACUGAUGGUGAUAGUACAAAAAUAACUAUCAAAAGAAAACCUCCUGAAAUUGACAAUUCAAACAAGCCUGUUUCUCUUGACCCAGAAGUUGUUCCUACUGGAAACCAAGAACUCAUAAAAAAACCCAAACCCAAACCUAAACCUAAGCCUAAACGCAAAGGCUGUCGGUGUGGAAAUGCAACACCAACGCCUGGAAAAUUGACCUGCUGUGGACAGAGGUGCCCAUGUUAUGUGGAAGCCAAGGCGUGCAUAGAGUGCCGGUGUAGAGGUUGCCGCAACCCACAUCGGCCUGGAGGAAAGAAGGUACGGCCGGUGAUCCCUCAGCUGGCCAACAUCCAGAUUCAUCAGGUGCAGCCAGUCCAUGGACGAUCCACAACCUCCUCCAUGGCCAACAAUGUUGCCACUACCUGCACCGGCACAAUUGCUCCACCACCUCCCGUUUCGUCUGCCGUGAUCACAAAUACAACCAUACCUCAGACUAUUCGAGCAGUGCAAGCUAUGCAUGCUGUCCAAGCAGUGCAUGGUGUGAGUAAUGUGCAGGCUGUUGCCAGUGGUGUUCAUCAGUUGAUUAGCCUAGGGAGUGGGAUGGUUCAAAAUCCACUCUCCCCUGGGCUGGGCGUCAACCCUGUGGCUGGUCUGGCAGUGAAACCUGUUAGCCUGGCCCUCACAUCUGUGCCAGCUCAACUUCUGAUCAAUGAUGAUCGAUCAACUUCCAACAGUGAACCUGAUAACAGUGAUGUAGAUGUGGACAUAUAGCAUAGGUAGAACUCAUUAAUAAAAGUUAUUCAAAGCUUUUGAAACUUGUGGGUAUUAGCUAAAAGAGGAUAAUCUAUUUUUGCAAAUAAUUAGAAAUUUUGUUGAGGCAUUCAAGAAACUACAAAUAUACUCUGUGCAGAAAGUGUAUUGUAUACAUAGCUGUCAUUGAUUUGAAUUAUUGUAUUUCCACAUUGUUUAUAUUUUUUUUACAUCUUUCAUAAUGUAUUACAUAUUACUGUCAAUAUUGUAUUCACAUUCCUUUGACAAAAUAUAAUUUUCAUUGUUUUAUUGGGAAUUCUGAAAAUCACAGAAUCAGCAGUUGGUUCAUAAUUUUAGCAUCAUUUCAUUCCUAUUUAAUUGUUAAUUUGAUGAAAACUCCCCGGUGGAAAUUCAACUUUAUGUUUUACAGUUUUAAGAUAAAAUUAUUCUCAUGGAGUAAAGUGACAACUAACAAAGAGCUGCAUAUUACAAAUUAGUAUUGCUAUUUUUGGUGCAAUCUGUGUGAGCCUUUAUAUUACCUACUAAAGAUGUAAGACUGCAG